AAACGUUUUUCUUCGUAUCUGCUAUUCUUAAAAUUCAUUAUUAAGGAGGUGCCCUUCCACUACGGUGUGGGCAAAAAAAACAAUGGUCUUUUAUUUUCCGCUAAUGCAAUCAUUUAAAACAAUCCACUCCGAAGGGAACGCUUCAUUUGUAAUCUUCGGCGGUGUGCAAAGCAGUCAUCUGCCGGAAACGCUGACAUUUUACGAGGCUGUGCAUCAAGUGUGCGGUUCCUGCCAACGGACAGGAAUUGACUGUCAAGAAUGGGUCGAUUGUGCCUGCGAAACGUCGUUUGGCUCAUGCUAGUUUAUUUUAGCGCGUUUUCCCUGGGGACGCCGAAAGCAUCGUCUAGAGGGAAAAGAUUGAAGCGGACAGUGUGUCACACCGCUGAAUGCAACGAAAGAGCUCAAUUUCUCCUGGCUAUCCUGGACAACAACACUAAUCCAUGCGAUGACUUCGAGAAAUACGUUUGUAAGAAAUGGAAAGAAACGCAUCAAAUUCCCAGCGACAAGAGUUAUUACGCACCGUUUUCCCAGCUUAGAGAGGCUCUGAAGACAGAACUCAAGGAUAUACUGGGAAACGCAACUUUGUCUUACCACGGAACAUUCUCGACGGAACAUCCAAACAUAACGCACAAGAUACUGAAUGCGUACCAGUCGUGCAUGAAUGAGAAUAUAUCGGAAGAUACGAGCCUGGAAGCGCUACGAAAAAUAAUGAGUCAAGUGGGCGUCCCAUUGUGGCCCGUGUCGUCGACAAGUGUCAACAUUCCUGACUGGACAAACACGUUCACGAAACUCAUGACCCAUCUUGGUCUGAGCCCAAUACUAUACAUGGGCGUAGAUCAGGAUGUGAAAAAUGUUACCAGCUAUACCUUUCAGAUGGAUCAGCACCACUUUGGCAUUGUUGGCCGAAACCAGUUUCUGAAUCAGUCUAACGAGCACAACCGUAACAUAACCGAUGCAUACAAACAGUACAUCAUGGGAAUCGCAAAUCUUACGAACAACGGCACGAUGAACAAGGACGAUCUUCAAGCUCUUGCGAAGGAAAUUGUUGACCUCGAAGUUCAGAUUGCGAACAGAACCCGAUCGCAAGAAGAAAGGCGUGAUUACCAUGCAAUGUACAACAAAUUAAGUGUGGGUAAGCUGAAGCAGAAGUUUCCGAAGUUUCCAUGGCGGAGGUUCUUCAAGGACGUUUUCCAGAAUAUCAGUAUAAAUAUUGUCCAGAAAGAACCCGUUGUUGUGUGGGAAAUGGAGUACUACAAAUCAGUAUUGGACUUCCUCAACACUGUCAACAGAAGCACACUGCAUAACUACUUUGGGUUUAAAGUAGUUUCGAAUUUGGGGCCCUACACGAGUGAGCGCUUCGUUCACAUUGAACUGGAACUCGAGAAAGCAGUUUCAGGGGUCACAAAGGUCACCGAAAAAUGGGAUCGCUGCGUCGAACAUCUUCAGAGAUACGCUGAGCAUGCAUUGGGGCGCAUCUACGUAGAGAAAAUGUUCAAACCUGAAGCAAAGAAAGAGAUGGUGACAUUUGUGGAGGAGUUAAAGAAAACAUUCCACAAGCUUAUCAGCGAGAAGAAAUGGAUGGACAGAAAGACAAAAACGGAGGCUUUAAAGAAGGUGGACACAAUAGAACCCAAGAUAGGAUACGCGGACUGGCUCAUGAAUGAUAGCUACCUGGAAGAAAAGUACAAAUAUGUACAGAUGUUCCAGAAGGAUACACCGUACGUGACAGUGGCUGCUAACCUACGGAAAAAUCGCAUUCUCACGGAGCUCAGUCAUCUACACACUUCCUACAACAAGACAACUGAAUGGGUAACUGGCCCAGCCGUGGUAAAUGCUUUCUACAAUCCUGGUACCAACGACAUUUUGUUCCCGGCUGCGGUUCUUCAAUCACCAUUCUACAAGUACGGUCUACCGCUGUCAGUGAACAUGGGAGCAAUUGGAAUGUUCAUUGGCCACGAAGUCACCCACGCCUUUGAUGAUACGGGCAGUCAAUUCAACUCUGAAGGACAGUUACACAAUUGGUGGACCAAUAAUACCAGAAAGGCAUAUACAAAUCUCACAGAAUGUUUCGUAAAGCAAUACGGAACGAUCAAUGACAGUGAAACGUCUCUUCUGCUAAACGGCAUUAACAGUCAAGGAGAAAACAUUGCAGAUAAUGGUGGACUACUUGGAGCAUAUCUUGCCUAUAAAACUCUCGCCAAAAACAGCACACAAUAUCCAGAUUUAGCUCUUCCUGGCCUCGAACAUAUCAGUAAUAACCAAAUGCUUUUCAUCUCAAACGCCGUGGUAUGGUGUACCAACAUACGCGAGCAAGCACUGCGACAAAUGAUUCAGUACGACACACACUCCCCUCCGAAAUACAGGAUCAUCGUUCCUAUGAGCAAUAUGCCCGAAUUUUCCAGAGCGUUUAAAUGCGAAGAAAAUGCGCCAAUGAAUCCACAAAAGAAAUGUAGAGUGUGGUGAAAUAAAAGUUGUUGCUCCGUGCGACACCCUGCUAAUGCAGGUCUAA